GCUCCCUCUCCUUCCCCGGCCCCAUGGAGGUGCUGCCCGCGGGGAGCCGGAUGCCGGGGACCCCGCAUCUCUCCUCCCCGACAAAGCCCUGAGCCGCUUCGCAGACGCAGCCUUUGUGCACUGGGGCGCUCCCUGAGCCCCCCCCCCACACACACACACAUACACUCUUAUUCUCGAGGAUAAGGGAAAAGAGAGAGAGAUGCUGCCCUCGCCGGAGGAGCCCGGAGAAGCAGUGCCCAGCACCACCUGAUGCCGACAUCCCACAAGACUUGCCGGAAUCCCGCUCCUGCCCCAGCACUCCCAGCCCGCCAUGUGGAGCUGUGACCCCACCGCCCAGCAUUCCCCAAGCCAUUCUUCUCUCCACCCGUCCGUCCGUCCCUCGCCAUGAGCGAUGCUGCACGGUUUCCCUGCGCUGGGGCACGUAGCUGAGGGAUGGCCUCGUUGGAUCUGCCCUACAGGUGUCCGCGGUGCGGGGAGCACAAGCGUUUCCGCAGCCUCUCCUCGCUGCGGGCACACCUGGAGUACAACCACACCUAUGAAACCCUCUACGUCCUCUCCAAGACCAACAGCAUCUGCGAUGCCGCCGUCUUCCCGCUGGCCGCCGACGGGGCCUUGUUGACACCGGCUGCCCGGCGGGAUUACUUUGAGAGCACCUCUUUCCAAGGCAAAGAUCAGCGCUUCUCCUGCGACCUCGUCCCCGCCGAAGAGUUGGAGCCGGCUCCAUCUUCCUCCCCUUCGCCUCGUUAUGUCCAUGAGAUUGAGAUCCCACUGACUGAGAUCUUCACCCGGGGCAAGGCUGUGGCUCCAGCCCCAACGCCGCCAGCCGCUAUGGAUGCAGCCUACGAGGAAGGCUUGGCUCGCUUGAAGAUCCGCGCCUUCGAGAAACUGGAGGUGGACAAGAGGCUGGAGAAGCUGACGGAGGAGGUGGAGCAGAAGAUCGCCUCGCAGGUCGGCCGGCUCCAGGUGGAGUUGGAUCGCAAGAGCUCGGAGCUGGAGAAAGCCAAGCAGGAGAGCUUGAGGCUCAGCCGGGAGAAGCAGGAGCUGGAGGACCGUGCAUCCGAGCUGUCCCGCCAGGUGGAUGUCAGCGUGGAGAUGCUGGCCUCGCUCAAGCAGGACCUGGUGCAGAAGGAGCAGGAGCUCACCCGCAAGCAGCAGGAGGUGCUGCAGAUCGACCAGUUCCUGAAGGAGACGGCCGCCCGCGAGGCCAACGCCAAGGUGCGCCUGCAGCACUUCAUUGAGGAGCUGCUGGAUCGGGCGGACCGGGCUGAGAAGCAGCUUCAGAUCAUCAGCAGCAGCUGUGGAACGACUCCGAACGGCAGUUUGGGACGCUGCGGAACGCCAGGCGCUAAGGCUGCUGGCCGAGCGGUACCCACACGGGCACAGAGAGACCGGCACCCAGGGCUGGGGGCAGCUGUUCAUGGCCCCUAUGCCAUUCCCAACCAGCGCUCCUCUUCCAGCACUGGGGCUUCAAGCCGGGCCAAAGCGGUGUCACAGAGCUCAGGCUGCUACGACAGCGACAGCGCAGAGCCGUGUCCCACCGACGACACCGCCGAUGGACAUCCCUACGCGGCGCGGGACGGCGGUCGGGGCUCAGGGCUGCGGCGUCAAGCCAUCCAAAAUUGGCACCGCAGACCCUACCGCAACAGCACGGAGGGCGAGGAGGGCGAUGUGUCCGACGUGGGAUCCCGCACCACUGAGUCAGAGGCUGAGGGCUGGGAGCCGGAGGUGCCUGGCAUCGCCGCAUCCCGGCCCGCUGGCAGCUGUCGGCUGACGGCCAGGUCCGAGGGGGCUAUGAGCAAGGGGGGCCGGAUGGAGAGGGGCAGCCCGGGUCACUGCAGCGAGGUGAUCAGCCCUGAGAUCCUCAAGAUGCGGGCAGCGCUCUUCUGCAUCUUCACCUACCUGGACACCAAGACCCUGCUGAGGGCGGCUGAGGUGUGCAAGGACUGGAAGUUUGUGGCCCGGCACCCGGCCGUGUGGACGCGGGUGCUGCUGGAGAAUGCCAGGGUCUCCUCCAAGUUCCUGGCCAUGCUGUCCCAGUGGUGCACCCAGAUGCACUCCCUCACACUCCAAAACCUCAAGCCACGCCAGAGGGGGAAGAAGGAGAGCAAGGAGGACUACAUGAAGAGCACGCGGGGCUGCCUGGAAGCCGGCUUGGAGUCCCUGCUGAAGGCGACGGGCAGCAACCUGCUGAUCCUACGCAUCUCACACUGCCCCAACGUGCUGACCGACCGCUCGCUCUGGCUGGCCAGCUGCUACUGCCGGGCCCUGCAGGCUGUCACGUACCGGAGCUCUACAGACCCUGUGGGUCAUGAAGUCAUCUGGGCCCUCGGGGCAGGCUGCAGGGACAUCAUCUCUCUCCAGGUUGCACCUCUGCAUCCCUGCCAGCAGCCAACACGUUUCAGCAACCGCUGCCUUCAGAUGAUUGGGAGGUGCUGGCCACACCUGCGGGCGCUGGGCAUUGGUGGGGCAGGCUGUGGUGUCCAGGGCCUGGCAUCCUUAGCCCGAAACUGCAUGAGGCUGCAGGUCCUGGAGCUGGACCACGUGGCAGAGAUCAACCAAGAGGUUGCGGCAGAGAUGUGUCGAGAGGGGCUGAAGGGCUUGGAGAUGUUGGUGCUGACCUCCACACCCGUCACCCCCAAAGCUCUGCUGCAUUUCAACAGUGUGUGCCGGAACCUGAAGUCCAUCGUCGUACAGGUGGGCAUUGUGGACUACUUCAAGGAGCCCCACAGCCCCGAAGCCAAGAAGAUGUUUGAAGAAAUGGUGAACAAACUCCAGGCCCUGAGGAAAAGACCCGGCUUCUCCAAGAUCUUACACAUCAAGGUGGAAGGAGGCUGCUAGACCUUCAGGGAACCACAAAGCACAUUCCCUCUCUUGCCCUGUGGAGCCAGAGGCCCUGCACAACCAAACCCAUCGCUGCUGCUCCUCCGUUGCCGUUGGAGCUCGGAGAUGCCAGCCCAUGCACAAAACCCCAAACUCUUGCAGGCCUUAGCGAGCAGCCGGCGCUCGCCGCAGGGCCGGCUCAUGGACGUGUCACGGACAAGAAGGUGCUACUCAUGGAAAUUUUCCAGCUGCCCAAAGGGGCAGGUCCAUGCUGUUUCCCAGGAGGGAAGAUGGCUUCGAAGCUCAUGGCUGCUCAUUGCCAAGGAUCCUUUGUUUGGGAAUGCCUUUUUCUUGGAACUCUCUUUUUUGGGGGGCUGUUUGUUGGCAUGGGGGCUGAGGAUGGCCCAGCCCAUCUCAUGGGCUCUUUGCAGAGUGCUGUGCUCAGUGCAUCACCACUGGAGUGUCCUUGUUCAUUCCAUGGGCCGGUGGAUGUGGGGUGGGAAGGGCCACUCCUGCAGGGCUCCCGUUCACUUUCAUUUCAUUUAUUUGAGAGGAGCACCCAAAUGUGGGUAAAUGCUGCCCAGAACCAGCAGCUGUCACAGCACAAGCCCAGAUGGCAGAGCUGCAUCCUGAAGCUGCAGGAGUCAGAAGACGCUGGGAACAAUGGUUGCUCUCCAGAGAUCUCCAUCCUCUCCACUCAACCCUUCUGCCAAGGCAAUAAAUCACCACAUCCCACAUCCUCGUCCACCAGGAAACACGGAUCACUCUCCUGCACCCAUCAACAUCC